UUACUUCCGGUUGACGGUCAUUACGCUAGGUCACGUGUUUCCGGUUUCUUCUCGAAAAGUUGUUGUCGGUGUUGUGAGUCAUGGCGGUGAGUGCGGUCCACCUGGAGUCCGACGCCUUCCUCGUGUGCAUGAACCACGCGCUGAGCACGGAGAAGGAGGAGGUGAUGGGCCUGUGCAUCGGGGAGGUGGAGGAGUCGCGCAUCGUCCACAUCCACUCCGUCAUCAUCCUCCGCCGCUCGGACAAGCGGAAGGACAGGGUGGAGAUCUCCCCGGAGCAGCUGUCUGCCGCCUCCACCGAGGCGGAGCGGCUGGCCGAUCUGACCGGGAAGCCGAUGCGGGUGGUGGGCUGGUACCACUCCCACCCGCACAUCACCGUGUGGCCGUCCCACGUCGACGUGCGAACCCAGGCCAUGUACCAGAUGCUGGACCAGGGCUUCGUGGGCCUCAUCUUCUCCUGCUUUAUCGAGGACAAAAACACCAGGACGGGCCGGGUCCUGUACACCUGCUUCCAGUCCGCGCAGGCCCAGAAGGGCUCCGAGUACGAGCGCGUGGAGAUCCCCGUGCACGUCGUGCCCCGCGAGGCCAUCGGGAGGGUGUGCCUGGAGUCCGCCGUGGAGCUGCCGCGGAUCCUGUGCCAGGAGGAGCAGGACACGUACCGGCGGAUCCACGGCCUGGCGCACCUGGACCCUGUCACCAAGAUCCACAACGGCUCGGUGUUCACUAAGAACCUGUGCAGCCAGAUGUCCGCCGUGAGCGGGCCGCUGCUGCAGUGGCUGGAGGACCGGCUGGAGCACAACAGGCGGAGCAUCGCAGAGCUGCAGCGGGAGAAGGAGGCCCUGCUGCGGGAGCUGGCUGUUCUCUGACGGACCUCCUGCUUCUUCUGAUGUCUCCGUCCUGUCCUCCACCUGCGGCUCUUCUGUCAGCGGGGUUGGUUUUUGGAGCAUGAGUGGGUUGAGAGGGAGCAGUGGAGCCUCCUCAACGAUGAACUCCAGCAGGAUUGUUGUCUGUAUGGAUGAAGGUCAAGUUCAGCAGCAUCACCAAACCCAUGUCAGAGAAAGUGUGCAAAGAUGAACUAAAAUCAGCAGAAAUCUUUUAUAUUUAAAGCUUGAGUAUUUUUUCUAAUCUUGUGUUAUUUCAAUUAUUUUCUGGUUGUUUAAACAGCGUUGAGGUUCACUUUUCUCGGUUCUUUACUGUGUAAGUCAUUUUAUGAACAUGACCUAAAACAGAAACAAAAAAGCAAACAUUUAUAGAACAAAGUCUGCGUUUAAUUUCUGAUUGUUUUUCUGAUUUAAAUUUAGUGUCCCGUUCAUUAAAUCAUAAAGUUCAAAUUGUCUUGCCUCUCUCUCUAGGACCUGCGGUCACCAUAGUAACACAGGGACACCUGCAUCCUGGAACAUGGCAGCACUCACAGCUAAAGGAAUGUGUUCUGUUGUAAUGCAGCCUAUUUGGUAAACAGUGAAGGUUAUUAUGAACGAAACUGCACGAUUAAGGUUUGUCAGCAAACAGAUUUUUUUAUUUCCAAAUGUAUCUGUAACCUUUGUGCCAAAGUAGAAAGAAAGCAGGUCAAUAACAAACGAAUUAGCUGAGUCUGCACACAGGAAACCUGGUGGAGUGCAGCUUCUUGGGUUUCUCCUUAGACCCAGAAAAUGACAUUUCUCUUCUUUUUUCAUUUAUUUCAACUUGCUGCUCCAUCUGAGUUCAACAAAUAUCUGCCCAGUGAAAAGCAUUGAAGGGAGCAGCAGCUACUGCAACUCGCUUUUCUGGAUCAGUCUGCUCCUCUUCUGUCUUCAUGGCCCCCGAAGGGUCUUCCUCUGGUGGAUGGUUGGGGGUCGUGUGCUGGCGGAAGCGGGGGCAGCCGGGUGUGCUCAGGGGGCAACACAUAGCCGUCUUUGCUGGACAGGAGGUCGAUCCUUUUCAGGAGAGCCUGGGCCUGCUGCUCCUGUGCCUGCACCAGCUCCUGGAGCUUCUGGAUGUCCUCCUGGUCCUCCAGCCUCCUGCCGUCCUGGAACUGCUGUUUGACCUGGACUCGGACGGAGACACAAAGUUCAGAGGUCAGCAGACAGUCAGGUUCUGAUGAAGGUUUCCAAAAAAUCUUCAGAUUCUAUCAUUAAAAUGUAGUUCAGGUAACAAGACUAUGGUUUGAUGUAUUUUGGCCUCCAGAUGACCUCAGCUGUGCGGUCAUUAAUAAAUUAAGUGAAUUGUUGACUCCU